AGCUUCCUGGUUGUAAACUGCUUGAGACUGCUGACAGCCAGGUAACUUCAAAAGCAGCCAGGAGCGACUUUCUUGCUAACUUUGGGAAGGAAUUCAAAAAUGCUGAAAGGUGCAGAUGAUUCUGUUAUGGAGCAGGAGGACUCUGCUUCCCGACAUGGAGAAAUGACGAGUUGGGAUAUCAAUGACAUCAAACUUCCUCAGCAUGUGAGCCAGACAGACUGGUUUCAAGAAUGGCCAGAUUCCUACGUAAAACAUAUCUAUAGCUCAGAGGAUAAAAAUGCUCAGAGGCACCACAGCAGCUGGGCAAUGAGAAACACCAACAACCACAACUCUCGCAUCUUAAAAAAGUCCUGCCUUGGGGUGGUGGUUUGUGGUAACAACUGCUCUACCUUGGAUGGGAGGAAGAUCUACCUAAGACCAGCCAUAUGUGAUAAAGCCAGGCAAAAACAACAGCGGAAAUGCUGUCCAAACUGCAGUGGACCACUGCGGCUCCUUUCCUGCCGAGGCCACGGUGGUUACCCAGUUACCAACUUCUGGAGGCAUGAAGGCCAAUUCAUAUUUUUCCAGUCCAAAGGAGCUCACGACCACCCACGUCCAGAAACAAAACUAGAAGCAGAAGCAAGAAGAUCAAUCCAAAAAGCAAAGACAGCUUUUUCUUCAUCUUCUCUAAGACUAAAAAGAGUCCAGGAGAUUGAGGGGAAAAUAAAUAUACUUAGUUUAUGAAGUACAAAGGAAAACUUCACACUGUGGCAAGCCACCUCACAGCACAACAGCAACAGUGUGCACCGCCCCGGGAAACACAGGAAGCCGCAUCCCAAAGCUGUUGUUUACUACAAAGCUGCAACAAUCUGCAGGGGCAGCACUACCUCGGGAAUAAAAUAAAAUUUAAAAAGAGGAAAAAAUCAAGCGGGCAAAUUCCUUUGCCAAAAAAUAAGUUUGCAAACUAAAUCUGGCAGAUUUGUUUUAGCAACUUCAGCAAUCUCUUGGACUGGAAGUAGAAUUAAUUAAAAGAAGUUUACUUACUGUGUUAAUUUAGUAUGGAAACAUAGGGGUCACAGGGCU